AUGGAGAUGUGCUGUGCCUCCCAGACUUUUUACGCCGAGAACAAGUCCAUUCAACAAGAGCUCGAGAUGCUGCGCGUUACAAUUUAUGAGCAGGAAAUCCGAUUCCGGGAGUACGAGCAGCAACUGAAAGAGAAGCAAGAGAGCUUGGAGUUUCUCGUGGAACAAAUAAGGAGGCUACCAAGUUAUUAUCCACCGCAAUGGUCCGACGAUUCCGCGUCAAUUCCAUCGGGCUUGCCGUCGUGGUCGACUGUCGCUGCCAAAAUGGUGUGGCAGCAGUUCGAUGGGGAUCGUGAUGGCAAGCUAACCACUGAGGAGCUUCGACAACUCAAAGACCAGUUAAGAUCAAGUCACGAAAAUAUCGACGACAUUCUGCCGGACUACCCGGAGAAUCCGUUGACUUCUCUACACUUGCUCCAACUGUACGAAUGCGGAGAGAGCUCCAAGCUGUCGGAUGAUAUUCGCUCUCUUGGGAUUUUAUGCGGAUCAUCGGAAGCCUUGGCGGAAUCGCUAUCGACUUCAGAUACUGCUCUUUGCCGCAUUGUAUUGGAAUCUCGGAGGGCGAAGACACGCUUACGUGAAGUUUUCGCAGCUUCCAAGCAAACGCUCGAGGACCAAGCCCGUGAUCUUCUCAGGCUUCAGCAAAAGGAAGCGGACAACGACUUCCAGCUCCGAGUUGCCGGCGAAAAAGCUGCAGCAGGUGCAACAAUCCUGUCGAAAGCGAAACGUGAGUUGUCAGCAGCUAAACACGCGUUGCUGGAUUUGAGAGCUCUCGUCGAUGAGUAA